AUGUCGCUCACCACGACCCCAUCCCCGCCUCGCAGGUCCCGAGCCGCCCGCCGGCGACAGAAGGCCAAGGCGAGGAAGAAGGCCCAGGCGGACUCCAAGCCGGCACCGUUCUACCCUCAGUUCAUGACUUCGAUCAUCGACUCGGCCUGUCCCUCUCUUCUGCUCACGCUGCGGCUCGUGUCUCGCUGGGUGCAGCUCGAAGUGGACGCUCGACUCGCGCGGCACAUCCUUCAAACGAAGGAACGGGACGGCACUGCCUUCCUCGAUCUCCAAUUCGGCACGGUUGAUACGCCCCGAAAAAUCAUGCACGGCAGGCACACGGCGAAGGUCCUCGAUCUUGACGCGUCGGCUCUGGAGGACGGAAUCGCGACGUAUCGAAACCAACCGCCUGAGAGGAAACGGCAAGCCACGGUCUUCGUCCCGGGAGAGAAACUGCUGGUCCGGUACCACAUGCGCAGCCUUACCCUCGGCCAGCGAUACAUGUGGAAAGGGGCCCGGCGCAGCGUGCACUUUGUCGACACGACAUCGUUCUUCUACGGUCUUCACUCGCGUGAAGCGGCCUAUGUCCGAGACGGGGAAGAAGGCAAUGAGACCGUGUUCCACGUCGCCUACGACCUGCGUCCUAACAGCAGCUGGGAGUUUCGCGAGUUUGGCGUGCGCCGUGUGCACAAUCGCGGACUGACGUUAGUCUUCUCCCCCGAUCCUGUCGCCGUCAUCGGGGAGAAGGCGUGCAUUGUUAUUCUGCGCGUCCUGGAGCGCAUUGUCGAGAACUACGCCGAGACCGGCGACCGCGUCACGCUCGUCGGCGUCGAGGGCUGGAGCGCGCUCAUUCCCAGCCCCGCACAAAUGAGGCUGGACACCAGGAGAGGCUGGGAAAAAGGCAUGCCGAUGCAGGCCAAGAUCGAGUGGUGGGUUCGAUACCGCGCGCGCUUUGUCCCGGACAAGCAGUGGAAACGGGGCAAGCAGGAGGAACCGGAGAUGGCCGUGCAGUGCGUGUCGUUGGAGGAGUGGAGGGAGGAGCUGGGCAGUCAUGUGUUUGAGCUCAUGAUGGACCCCGAGGCCGUGUACUGGGGCCCGUAG